AUGGAGUCACUGCUUCUGUUGUGUCUACUUCUUACUCCACUAGGAGUAGUAGCGAGUCCUGCUUUGACGAUACAGAGUCCGGAUGGAGAUCUGAUCGAUUGUACCCCCAUACAAGAACAACCGGCAUUUAGUAACCCGUUGCUUAAAGACCAUCAGCUACAGGAGACACCUACGGACAUGGUGAGACGAGAAGAAGGAUACAGAUUGCCAAUAUGGCAAAUUUGGCAUAGGAACGGAACAGCAUGUCUGGAGGGAACUAUUCCCGUACGGAGGAUCAUCUCUUAUCAGAACGAAACUACCAGUUCAAACGGCGCAGAUAGAGCAACUCAGGGACAUGAGUAUGCGGUCGGCCUGAUGAAAAGCCAACCAAAGAUCUACGGGACUCGGGCGACAAUGAACGUUUGGCGUCCAACAAUUGAAGGAAGUGAUGAAUUUAGCUUGGGACAGAUUUGGUUGACAUCUGGAUCGUACAACACCAGCGACCUCAACAGCAUAGAAGCCGGAUGGCAGGUGGAUGCUUACAACAAUACCGGAUGUUACAACUUGAGGUGCGGUGGUUUUGUACAAACCAGCCGCAACGUUGUGGUCGAAGGGGCGAUCGAUCAAAUAUCUACUUUUGGUGGUUCCCAAGCCGAUAUGACUCUCAAGAUGUGGAAAGACGAGAAGAUCGGAGUUUGGUGGCUAGGUAUCCUCCUCGAACAUGGCGUUCACGAACCAGUCGGCUACUGGCCCCAGAUUCUCUUCACAGGCCUAAGGGAUCACGGAGAGAGGGUUCAAUGGGGUGGAGAGAUCACUAAUAAGCAACCUUACGGACGGCACACAAGAACGGAGAUGGGUUCAGGCUACUUUCCUGACAGCGGGUUCGGGAAUGCCGCUUACAUGCGGAAUCUCGAAGUCGCGUUCUCGGAAAAUGAUUUCCAGCCACUCCAAGAACUCUACGUUGGAGGAACUCAUCUCGAUUAUUACCAGGCCAGGAAGUCUCACAACCAUGAGCUUGGGACGCACUUUUACUACGGGGGACCUAGGCAGCUUGCGAUCGCAGUUCGUGUUACGUGGGAUUGGAGUCUCCUAUAUAUUUGUUUCAGCUUCUUCUUGUUGAUUUAG